GUGUGUGUGUGUUCCUCUCCCGGUCAGCAGGUGGCGGUAGCGGUCACUGGGGCGCGGUGAGCGGAUGGCUCAUGUUCCGUUUCCAGGGCGAUUCAGUUGGCGGCUGAAAAGCGCCAAAUCAAAAACACAGUGAGGAGAACAACAAUGAUCGCCUCUCAGCGCUGACCGCUGCUCUCACAUCUGUGCCAUUAACAUUUGUUAACAUUGACCACUUCACUAACGCGUGUGUUCACUUGAACCGGUGACAGAGUCGUUUAGUCUGUUCAAACAUGGAGGAACUCUUCAGCAAAGUGUUGCAGGUGAACGUGAGGUGCAGGGACUGCGAGGAGAGGAAAGCAAAUGUCCGUGUUACCAUUGAGCUUCAGAUGACAACAAGUCCCGUACACAAAAGGGAUCUUCUAGUAAAACUAACAGAUGAUCAAGAUCCUUAUUUUCUCUUCAACCUUUCUAUAUCAGAAGAAGAUUUCCAGAGUUUGAAAGUCCAGCAGGGGCUACUGAUAGACUUUGCGUCAUUUCCUCAGAAAUUUAUCGACCUGCUGAAUCUAUGUUAUUCUGAACAAGAGUCACACAGUCCAAGGUUUCUUCUGCACUUGUCAUGUCAGUCUCCAGUGCUUGAAGGCCCUGCCAACUUCAGUGUCGUAGAGACAAACGCAUUCAAACACCUAAACCACUUGUCGUUACGGCUUGCUCAAGGCUCUGACAAAGAAGUUAAAGACUAUCUGGCAGUGUGUCUCUCCUCUCUAAAGGUAGAAAAACAGGCCCUCGAGAUGAAGCUUAAGAAGACUGAAGACGAUCUGUCCAGGCAGCUGAGUUAUGCUCAACAGACUCUAUCUGAGAAGACUAAAGAGUUGGACAAACUGCGCUCGGAGUGGACUAGUCAGAGCAGCUGUCUGUCCAGCCGUCAUUCUCAGGAGUUACAGUCAGAAAGAGAAAAGGCCGUAGAGUUACAGAGCAGGCUUCAGCAGCAGACUGAACAGGUCCGCCAGGAGCUGGAGAGUGUUCACAAGAAGAGCAGCCAGCAGCUUCAGAGCAGACUGACGGAGCUGGAGACCUCCUGCAAAGAGCUGACAGAGAGAAAAUACAAGAACGAGUCUGUCAUCAGAGACCUGAAGAUUAAACUAGUGGGUUCAGAGGAGGAGUGCCAGCGUUCCAAGCAGCAGGUUCUGUCUCUCAGGAGGGAGAACAGUACUCUGGACACAGAGGUCCAUGAGAAGGAGCGCUCGGUGAGCCAGCUGCAGAUGAGAGUGGCUGUUUUGGAACAGGAGCUCAAAGAUAAGGAGCAGCUCAUGCGCCGCACAAAAGAGGUGCUGGAAGCCACUCAGCAGCAGAAGGAAACGGUGGAAGAAAAUGCUGAAAGUAAAGAACUGCAGAUUAGAAAACUUGAAGCAACGGUGAAAUCACUCUCUGAGGAGCUGAUAAAGGCUAAUGGUAUCAUUAAGAAGCUUCAGGGAGAGGUUCGAGGCCUGGUUGGUAAAAUAAAAGUAAAAAACACAGUGACUGUGUCACAGGAGAAGGUCCUCCAGGAAACUUCAGACAAACUUCAACAAGUUGAAAAAGAUCUACAGAGCACUCAGCAGCAGCUCAGCACCAAGGAGGAGCAGGUUUCCAAACUGAAAGAGCAGUUGGAGACGACGGUACAGAAGCUAAAUGAAAGCAGAGAGGUCUUAAAAACCAAUGAGAAUGUUAUAAGUUGGCUUAACAAGCAGCUAAAUGAAAAGCAGAUGUCCAGGAAGCCACCUGAAUCUUUGGAGAAUCCUUCAGUUUUAUCCUCAACAGGACUGAGGGCACACUUUUACCCUCAGACAGUCAAACCUGUUGGAUCUCCUCUGGUGGCUGCUGAAGUCACUCCUGCUGAACAGCGAGCCCCGCAGCCAGCCAACAAACACACUGGAGACUCCGCAGGUCUAGAUUCCAAAUACUUUGAGAGGAGAGAUGAUGCAAUCCCAGUUUAUGGUCUGUCGUCAAAUCCGCUUUAUAGAGAUUUCACUCAGCGAGCAAAGCCCUCCAUAGCUUCUGCUUAUUUCUCUGCGUGAAGCAGUGACCAGCAUGGAAAUGCAAACAGAAUAAUGUUCAUUCCAGCUCCAGGUGGAAGAGAAACCAUCAAAAUCUCAUCAUUCAUUUUAUGUCACUGAUCUGUUGUGUUAAAUAAACAAGUUUUUAAGUAGCAGUUAUGGGCUAAUGGUCUACGUGUCUAGCCUUACAUUUUGCUGUUCAAGUGAACGUUCUGGAUUCCAGGGAUCGUGGAUGAAUGUAUUCAUAUCUUCAAAUUAGAACGAUUGUGUUUUUCCUGAGACAGCAUCUUAAGUUUGUUGAAUGUAUAUUAUGUUUUUGUUUUCUGUGUGUGUGUUUGUACAUAUAUAUAGUAUUUUGAUAUUUAAGUCUUUAAUAAACAGCUUUCCCAUGCUCAUUGGUGUUCACACA